CGGGAGCGAUGGAGGAGGCGGAGGCCGGUGCCGGGCCGAGGCGGCGUCGCCGUCGCUCGGGCGGGCGCAGCAGCUCGGAGCGGUCGCCUAGCCCCGACCGCCUGGACGUGAGCUCGCAGCGCUUUGACCCGCUGCUGGCGCUGUACUCGGAGCGCACGCCUCUGCCGUACCCCGCCGCGCCCUGCUUUAACAACCUGGCCGAGUACGAGAGCUUCCAUCGCGGCCUGCUCCGCGGUCCCGGCCGCCAGCGAGGGGCCUCGGCCCGCAGCAGCCGCCCUUCCGGGACGCGUCCCCGGAGCCGCCCUGGCCGUGCCCCCGCCGACCCCGAGCGCAUCGAGCGCCUCCGCAGCCUCAUGGUGGCCAAGGAGCCCGGGGAGGAGGCGGCCGAGAAGGCCAGAGCCCGGGGCAGGAGGGCGCCGCGCAACGUCCUCACCAGGAUGCCCCUUCAUGAGGGCAGCCCACUUGGAGAACUUCACCGCUGUGUCCGAGAUGGUGUUAAAGUCAAUGUCCAUGUUCGAACUUUCAAAGGGCUUCGUGGAGUAUGUACUGGAUUCUUGGUUGCAUUUGACAAGUUCUGGAAUAUGGCCUUGACAGAUGUGGAUGAGACAUACCGGAAACCUGUUCUGGGCAGAGCUUUCUAUGUCGAACCACAGUUGACCCUUAACAGAUUGUUUGACAGACUUAAGCUGCAGGAAUCUGUGGAUAAGAAAGGAACUGACGCAAAGAUGGCCGCAGAUCUUCCAGGCCUCUCGUGUGAUCCUAGGACACUUGGGAGGAAGGCUAGGUCAGCUCGGGGAAGAUCAGAAGAACACUGUGAAGCGAAGAAGCAUUCAAGCAAAGAGCGGGCACGGAGCUAUAGCCUGCCUCGAGCCUUUGGGAAGGAGGUUGAUCUGCCUGGCAGAAUCUCACAUACAGAGGGGACAAGUGCGAGCAGCACAAGAGGUCGGUCACGGAAAAAGCAGAGGCCAAGAGUGGAUUACCAGCAAGUUUUCACACGACACAUAAACCAGAUUUUUAUUCGAGGGGAGAAUGUCUUGCUUGUUCACCUAGCACAUUGA